AUGACGGCUGGGGCUCCUCAAAUUGCAAGUUCCGUUGAAGAGCGAGCAAGAAGUCGUGGUAGCAGGACCGCCUUCUAUUCUCCAUAUUUAGCAGCCUCUGCGAGAGGCCAGUCGCUUGACCCCAUUGAGGAAAGGGAAUCUACGGCAUCAUUUAUCGACCAAGAAGCAGAGCUUCCGGAAAAAGACGACCUCAUUUCUGAAUCGACCCCCACAACGAGUCACUCCAGCUCAGACGGCGCCGAACCACCCGAGUUUCGCCCCCGCGGUUCCGUUGUCACGACGGCAACUUCCUUGGCGUCCCUGGCCUGCAGACGAAAUAGCUCACCCCCAGCCGAUAAUCAGUAUGAAGGCAGUUGGAUUGAGGCUGACUCGGACGGCGAAGAUGAUGCUGACGGCAAUACAGAAGACUAUAACGUCGGAUCGCUGUCGCCAAGGCCUCCCAGACAGUCUUGCUCCGGGAUGAGCUCUCCCGCCACCGAGAGCGGUUCAAAAAUCAACAUGCCAAACUUUUGGAUCGUUGGCCAUAAUCUCCCACACCAAAAAUCACACUCUGUUAGCGGCGAAUUCCCGAGGCUGCAUGUGCGGCGGCAACGCUCUGGCAAGUCUCUGGACAUGCCAGUGAGACCACGAACCAUGAACGGGCCAAGAAAAGAGUCUGUAGCAGAUACUUUCAAGAGUGGUUCACUUCAAACGCCGUGUCCGGACCAGUGUCAAGGUUUGAAGACACUUCGGCGCAUGCAACCCCUUCGAACUAGUACAGCAGACUCAUCCUUGCCUACACGGCUGGUAAAGAAGUUGUCCCACGAGCCAGCCAUCAAUCUGGCGACGUCACCGGCCAGCAACGCCUGCUCGGCGUUUGAUGAGGAAGAUUUACACCCUGUUGCAAAUCGCGGCUCGACCAAACCCCAAGCAGACUUGGUUCGACCGCCAACACUGCCAGAGCCUCUUCAGACUGUCCAGUCAUGGCUCAACAGCAGCCUCCAGCCAUAUCCAUGGGCAUCCAAAAGCGAUGAGGCCGCAAGAGCUGUGCCUUUACCACCAGAUGCUAUCGAAACACUGCGCGUGUCGGUGGUAUGCUUCCCGGAAACGAUGCUUCUGACGUCCAGUCUGACUGUCGAGACCAUCCGCAGCUACGCGAAGAAAAUGCGACACCCCAUGCCAGAAGUUUCUAGCAUAUCCGGAGAUGCGUCUAUGCAGGCAUCAAGGAAAUCACUCUGGCGCAAAGUGGUCGACUACAACAAAGGGCCGCAUCCAUCAAAUUUGAAAUCAACGCCGAGGUAUUCCAAUGUCCAAAAUGCAGAUUCAUCCUUGUCGGAAGUGGACGCGCCGAAGCCCUGGGCUCCCAUAAAAAAUGUAUUCUACCACUGUUCCGACUACAUUUGCGAUGCAUUAUACGCUCAUAUCGUGUCGUAUAAUUACAUAUCGGCACUAAUUGCACGCAACCCCGUGCCACUUGUGAGCAAUGGGCGCGCGAACUCGAUGAGCUCAAGAGACCAACAUCAGCAAGAUGAUAUUCCCAAGAAGGCUGCAUCCUUGCUUGGACUCGCAGCGUCCGCAGAAGCAGCGGCAAGAAUGAGCCAAUUCACCAGGCCCGUCAGCUCGCCCCUCGGCGAAUGGAACAAGGAAGGCAUCAUGACAAGCAGCAGUAGCAUGCCCAGUAGCCAGGACAAUGCCCUGCGGGUAAUACAGAAUGGUCUGCUGCGGUGCAUCGCAAGACUCGUGGCUACAGCCAAGCUCAUGGCAGAAGAUGGCGCCGAGGAAGAUGGAUUGGCAGACGUGGAGGCUGAAGAGGCAGAUCCAUUGUUCAUGAGAUGCCUAUGCGAAAUUGUCCGCGUGGUCGAGGAAGCGUCAUAA